AUGGCAAACAUCGAAGAUAUCCAGUUUGAAAUAGAUCGUUUGAAACAAGAAUAUGAAGAGGGUAUCGAAAAUUGCCAGCUAUCUGCCAAGGUCCAGUAUGACUAUGCCUGUAUGCUCAUGUGUUCCGUACAAAGCAAUCACAUAAAUUUGUCAAUCGAACUCUUCGAAGAGCUUAUUAGAAUUAGAUAUAAUAGCGCGAAAUGUAUGUACCAAUUGGCUCUUUGCCAUAUGAAGAAAAGGGAAUACAAAAAGGCAAAACGACAUUUGGAUAUGUUGCUACGCUUGGAACCCAGGAACCAUGCGGCCCUUUCCCUCCGCAGUCUCCUCUUCGACCUUUUGUCUGACGACGCCAUGAAGGGAUCACUCUUCGUUUUAAUGGCAUCCAUAUGUGCCUUUGCACUCUACAAGUCGUGGAAAUGA